AUGAGGCUGAUUGUCCGAGAUACGGUUGAGGGGGCCUCAGAGUAUGUGGCCUGGUAUAUCCUGCAACGGAUCAACCGCGCCUGUCCGAGCAAGCAGAACCCAUUUGUUCUGGGCCUUCCGACAGGGACCAGUCCUCUCGGUAUCUACGCCUGUCUGAUCGACUUCUUCAAGAAGGGGCUUGUCAGCUUUCAGCAUGUCGUCACCUUCAAUAUGGAUGAAUACGUGGGUAUUCCCCGUGACCAUCCCCAGAGCUAUCAUUCCUUCAUGUUCCAACACUUUUUCGACCACAUUGACAUCAACCCCGAGAACAUUCACAUCCUGAACGGUAAUGCCCCGGACCUUCAAGCGGAAUGUCAGGCUUUUGAGGAAGCCAUCGUCCGAGCUGGUGGCAUCGAUCUCUUUCUCGGGGGGAUGGGCGCCGAUGGCCACAUUGCAUUCAACGAACCAAGAUCCAGCCUCGCUUCUCGAACGCGAGUGAAAACACUUGCCCGAGACACGAUCAGAGCCAACUCGAGGUUUUUCGGAGACGAUGAGAGCCAGGUACCCAUUCGUGCGCUCACGGUCGGCGUGCAGACUGUAAUGGACGCACGCGAAGUGGUUAUCAUUGCCACUGGAAUCCACAAGUCGGUGGCAUUGCAGCGGUGCAUCGAAUCGGGCGUCAGUCACAUAUGGACACUGUCCUGCUUGCAGAUGCACCCGCGAGCCAUGGUGGUCGUCGACGAAGACGCAACAAUGGAACUCCAGGUGAAGACUGUCAAGUAUUUCAAAAGUGUUGAGAAUGUCGACAACGAGAACACUCUGGUCGCCACGUCGGACAUGGCCAAAACAGACCAAUUCGAAUCGUCUCGAACGACCAAAAUGACAGCCGAUCCGAGUCCAGCCAUCCAAGUAGACGCUUCAACGGACCAGGCGUCCCCGGUGACCGAUCAUCGUCUAGCAAAUGGCUUUCUUCUCAACAGAUCUGAACUUCUCCUGCCUCCACCGGACCGACCGAAUCGUACCGCGUCGGUCAGCCCCGAGCUGAUCCCCGAUCGAAUGGCAUCGCGGAUUGCGCUGACUUUGCCCUCCCGCGCCUGA